GCGCGCGGGGCGGCGCGCGUGUUCGCUGCGACUCCGGCCGCUUAGUAGACUGCGUGAGUCCAGUCGCGCCGGUCGCUCCCGGCCUACAGUCGCCGCUCUGCUCUCGCGACUGCAAACUUCACUCGCGACUCGCCGCCACACGUGCACUCCGAGCCGAGCCGAGCAGCACGGCACCCGCACGUGACGUCGCAUGACACACACGGGACCGUUUAAAAACUCGUAAAACCGCGGCACGUGCUCCGGAGUCGUAAAAUAAUCGUAAAAAGUAAACACGAGUCGGCCGGCCUUUAUCGCCGAUGAAACACAUUAUGACGGUCGGGUGACGUUUAAUAGGCAAUAAAAUUAAUAAAGUCAACACACAGUCGCCUACAAGUGACGUUCGCUACCUCGCCUCGCGGGGCCGCGAUGACAUAGUGCUCCCGUGACGUCAGUGUCGGACUCCACGAUGAAUUCCUACUUCGAGCAGGGCGGCUUCUAUGGCGCGCACGGCGUGCACCAGGGCGGCGGCGGUGGCGACCAGUACCGCGGCUUUCCCCUAGGACUUACGUACGCCCAACCGCAUGCAUUGCACCAGCCGCGCCCGCAGGACUCGCCCUACGACGCCUCCGUAGCAGCCGCCUGCAAGAUAUACGCGGGCGAGCAGCAAUAUGCCAAGGCCGACUGCUCCAAAGCAGCCGAGCAGCAGAACGGAUACGGUGGCAAGGAGGCCUGGGGCUCGAGCCUCGGAGCACUCGUACGGCCCGCGGCCUGCACGCCCGAGGCCCGCUACAGCGAGUCCUCGAGCCCGGGCCGAGGACUUCCGUGGGGCAAUCAGUGCACGCUACCCGGCGCCGCGGCCUCCGCGCAGCCCGUACAGCACCAGCCCACCAACCACACGUUCUAUCCCUGGAUGGCCAUAGCAGGAGCGAACGGCCUGAGAAGACGAGGGAGACAAACCUAUACAAGAUAUCAAACGCUAGAGUUAGAGAAGGAAUUCCACACGAAUCACUACCUCACGCGGAGGAGACGUAUAGAAAUGGCGCACGCGCUCUGUCUCACGGAAAGACAAAUCAAAAUAUGGUUCCAAAAUCGAAGAAUGAAGUUAAAGAAAGAAAUACAAGCGAUAAAGGAGUUAAACGAGCAAGAGAAGCAGGCGCAGGCGCAGAAAGCGGCGGCGGCGGCGGCAGCGGCGGCGGCGGCGCAAGGGCAUCCCGAGCACUAGCUCGAGCAAGCGCGGCUCGAGCAUCUCGAGCAAGCGCGGCUCGAGCAUGCGCGGCUCGAGCAUGCGCGGCGCGCCUGCUCGCCGGCGACUCGCUCGCAGCCCGCCGAACAUUCUUUAGCUUUGUGUUUGUAAAUUGUUUGUAAUUAUUUUCGUUAUUUAAGUGUUGUUCGGUUGUUGUGAUUAUUUUUUUUAAUUAAUUGUAAAGAAUUAGACUCAUGUUUUCUAAGAACGAAUGAACAAUAAACUAUUUAAUGUUAGAAUAGAAACGGGUCGUAUUAUUUUGUGUUUCGGGUUUUGUUUUUUUUUUUUGUUGAUUUAUUGAAUUUUUUUUAAAUAUUUUAAUUCGCGCUUUCGUCGUAAAUGUUCGCGUUUGAAAACCAGUGCAAUUUUAGAAAUCUCUUCCGUGUAUCAUAGUGUAGGUGUAUGUAGAUGGUGCGUCCCGCAGCGGCCCGGCGUGUGCGGUGGACUCUUACGUUGUACAAAUUUGAUAUGCCUACCAAAGAGACCCGGUCUCGUACCCUUAACGCUAAGUAAACAGUCAUAAGUUAUAAAUCGUUUAUCCGCAAUCCCGGUCAUCGGACUCGAAUGCCGCGCCAUCUGAUCCUUCAAUACUCUCGCAUAAGUAUAGUGUAAACGUGGUCGUGUUCCUGCAGUUUUAAUAGUCGGUGAAGUUUAACAAAUUGCCAUAAAUAUAAGUAGGUAUUUAGGUAGUAGAGGUGUAAAUAGUUAGGGUUACGUCUAUGAUAAUGGAAGUGAGUUUGCGGUGCGCCGGCGCUGGAAUGGGCAGAAAAAGCUCGGAGGGAGUGCAGGCGAGCGCGGGGGAGGCGGGGUGAGGCGGGGCGUGCGGGGAGCGGCGCCGCCGGCCACCGAACAGGACUAGGUGGUCGUCGCGCGUAUAGCGCUGUUGAUCGGUAGGUGUCGCGAAGUGUCGCGCGGUGUCGCGUGUGUCGCGCGGUGUCGCAUGUGUCGCGCGGUGUCGCAUGUGUCGUGUCGCGUGACAUUCGUCAGAGUAAGCGCGUGUGACGGUCCGAGAUGUCUCGCUCAGUUCGCAAUAAAGCGCGGCGCGCGGAUUGUUGUAUUGCCACUUGAUUUACUCCAUUCGGCCGAGUCGGUUUGACGUCGAGAGAUCAAGAUAUCAAACUCGACUGUCGAAUAAAUUUUUGUGCCAGCCCACACGAACGCUUAGGCAAUCGACUGCCGAAGAUUUAUCGUCAAAAUUUCCCGUUAGUAACGCUUACCGAGCACACUCCGCGUAUCACUAUUUCACAAAUAAAAGAACCAGUCGCGAUAUCAUCGUCGACUAUAAAUUAUAUGAUGCUCGUAUGAAAAAUACACGUUUCGAUGUCCGCUUAUUUAUCGCUCACCCUGAGUUAUGUAUGCGUUAUGUUAAUCUCGCUCGUUAUUAAAUAGACGGUUCUAUUAAUAUUAAUUAGCUUCUGUCAAUAUUUUAUGAAAACACGAACGAUAUGUAUGAAUAUUGAGGUCGAGAUUGAGAUAUCCGAGGGCGUCGUGUCGGAUCGCGCGGACGGGCGAGCUAGGUAUCGGUAUCGUGCUGAUCUGCUAUCGCUCCAUCGGCCGGUGGCUGGUCCACACUAGGCUAGGUAGAGUUCCCGCGUUCUGCCGCGUGAUAUAUCGCUCCGCAUCUCCCUGUAUAAAUCUUGAACGCCUGCUGAGGUACACGGGACAUGGCCGCGCCGCAGCCUCGAGCUUCAAAUGGAAUUGUGUUUUUAUUUAUCGUGCGAAUUGUGCCCCACUAUCCCUCACCCGGUAUCGCAGUUUAUCUGCCAAAACACGCAUGGAUCGAUGCAAAAUUUAGCUCUUAAGUUGCCCUGCCUGUAUUACAAUAAAAUACUGUUCUUGCACAUUUAAAUACUGUUGCAUUUCGUAAAUCCUUUUCAUCUGAUUUUUUUAUUACAAAGCGAUAUAUCUGUAGAUAAAUUGGAGCAGUAUUUUCUAGUACAGUUAGUAAUGUUAUGGUUAGAGGAUAAUAUAGUGAAAAAUGUACAAAUACGGUUAUCUGUCGUAGCAACUCAUCACUUGCCCAAAUUGUUUCCUAAGUAGCUUCAUUGAUAACACCAAGUAGUGGGGUCAAAAAACGGGUGACACGUUAACUGCGACAUAUUAAUUAAACGAUAAUAUAUUUCAAAUUUAUGAGGUCUUUAAGACCACCGGCAUAUAGUCACCUGUCAUUUUAUCGUUUUAAAAUUUAUAGGUGAUUUUAUCCAAUUUAGCAGUGACGUGUUAAGAUUACCUAAUGUAAAUAUUUAUAAAACUAGUAUGAAUUAACAACUGAUGUACAACGUCUGUAUACGUUCAGAAAAAUAUUAAUGUCUAAAUGGAACAAUGAAGAGAUAGACUGGCGUGGCGUAGCGUUAGCAAAACACACUCAGCUAAAUAAAUUAAAAAGUAUUUCAUUUUUAAUUAUUACAUUUUCUUAGAUGAAUAGUCCAACGAGAUAUCAAAUAUUUACGAGUAUCAGGAAUGUUAUAGAGCUGUGUAAAAACUUUGUGUUACCAAAACUAUUAAAUACAUAUUUACGUUUGUAAAAUAAAUUCAUGAGAAAACCAAUUCGGCAUAUUAAAUAUUUCUUGAAAUAGUGUCUUUAGACCGAAAAUAAUUCUGAGCAACCUGUAUAGUGGAAAUAUUGUGUUUUGUUUUUAUUUUUUGUGAAGACGUCUCCAAAAUCGUUACUAAAUAUGUUAUUUAUUUGUCAAACCGAAUUUAUUUGUAAACGAGUAUCUAGAUCAUGUUCAUAACAAUCCUGAUAUUUAUACGUAUAAUAGGCACUUACAUAAGUAUGGUGCAUAACCUACUUUUAUUAAAAUCUAUACAACAGUUAUAGAUGAUGGAUUAAAUUAAAUUAUUAUUGUUCCAAGCGUAAAUAUUAGAAGCAAACGAAUACGUCACGUCAGAAACCUAUAUACGUAAUUUAAAAGGCUUUAGUAUGAAAAAUAUUCCAUGUUAGUCGAUAGCUUAACUUAUUCUUAGCUUACCUAUAAUAGUCACUUAAAAAUGACAAGAAUCAAAACUAGUUGUGCCCAGUAUACGAAUAGCUAAUUAAAUUAAGUAAUAAUAUAAUUUAUUUUAAGAUACAGUAGUGGUAAUAUUUUUGGAUUCCUAUAAACAUAUACGUAAUUUGUCUCCUGUAAUUUAGUACUAAUUGUCAAAAAUUUGGUCGUGAUUCUUUCGAUUUUUUUUAAAUGAUCAUCGAACGAAAGUGCCAAAUGCCAGUUUUGUAUUUUUAAUUAGUAGAAUUUUUGGUAAUUUUUAAACAGUUCCUUCAGUUUUUAUGCUGACCUUACACAGUGUCAUAUAUUUUUUUGAGUUUUAUUUUUUUUAUUAUUUUUUAUCUUCAAAGUCUUUACGAUGCAAUUUUCCUCUUUGCAAAUAGUUACUGCUUUAGAUAAGCGUUAACUCCUAGAUUAGGUUUUAAAUUUUGAAUAAGAUUUAAAACAUUGUCUAGAAAGUCUAUUGAAGUGCAAUAACUUUUAUGACAGAGGUUAAAAAAAAAGUCAUAUGCUUAAACUUUUCUACGAUAUACUUAUAUACAUUUUAUACCAAUUUGUCCAUGGCCAUCCACUAUUUUCCUUAUAAGAAAGAAUCUACGUCUAAGUUUUAAUUUAAAACUGUUAAAUAUUAUAUUGUAAAUAUUAAAAAAAAAAACAUCUUAUUUAUGAAGCUUCUGAUAAUUGAAUGUGAAUAUAUUCGGAAUUCAAAAUUUUUUCACUUGUUUUUAAACACACUAUUUUCGAUGUUUAUAUACAAAUUAUUUUAUUAUAUAUACUAUCGUUUAAAUUGUUUAUUUAUUAAUUAAUGCGCGCUCAUGGAAAUACGUAAUUUUUUGUCGUCGGUCAUACGUAAAUAGGUAGGCCCAAUUUAUUGUAAUAUAUCAUAAUUAAUAUUAAUUAAUUAAAUAAAAGAGAAAUACUUAAAAACUCGAGGGAAUCUAGUUAAAUGAUUUUGUGUUUUAUGACUGUAACUACGUGUGAAGAGUUGUGUAAUAUUAUACAAGUAUAUAUUAUACCUAUCACUAUAUAUAUAAUAUGAAUGGAAAGCGAUAUUAUAAUUUUUUGUACAAUAUCGGCUAUAGUGCGAAAUGGAUCUGCAUUAAAUAAAAAUUCUGUUACUGUAAA